ACCGAAAGCCACUCCCCUUUAAGACAUCAUCAUCAUCACCAUCACAUCUCCUCAGCUCGCCGCCGAUGUAGUAAUUUGAUGUUAUGGAGAAGAAAGGGAUUCACUGUUUAGCCACUACAUUCUCCAUACUAACAUCUUAAAGCUUGAAAGCGGAAAUCUUCUUCGGCACCUUACUCAAGCCAAAAAGGAGACUGAACUGACUGAUUUACAGAUUUUUUUGUUUCAUUGUCCCGUGGGAGAAAAGAACCGCACGAACUUAACAUGAAGAGAAUAACGGGGAAGACGAAAGAAGCUACUUUAAUAGAAAUGUCCAAUACUCUGGAUUCUCAGAUUGAAGGUAAUAAUGGCAGCAUUAACUCCAUUUCUGACCGAGGGACACAACUGCCUGGUCACCGAGAGAUAGACAAGUUUGAGCAGAACAGGGACUCUGUGUACUUCAAGGAUGGUGUACGGCGCAUCGAUUUCGUCCUGUCCUACGUUGACGACAAGGAGGGAGACAAAAAAGCGGAAAGAAGAAGAGAGUUUGAAGCCAACCUGGAAAAGUCUGGUCUUGAGCUGGAGACUGAAGAUAAAUCGGAGUCAGAUGAUCGUAAGACGUAUUAUCUGAAGAUUCACGCUCCAUGGGAGGUGUUGGCCACCUAUGCAGAUGUGCUAAAGAUCAAAGUGCCCUUUAAAGCGAGCGAUAUUCCCAAAGCUCGAGAAGUUCCUCUGGAGUGGCUCACUAACCCUUUUCGUCUGCCAGACAACAUCAUGAGGCCAGAGCCGGACUACUUCACUGCACCUUUUGACAAGAGCAAAGUUGACUUCUUCCUCAUUGAUGAUAAGGACACGUUUUUUCCUCCCUCCACACGCAACAGGAUCGUGUACUACAUCCUGACUCGCUGCGCUUACUACAAGGAAGACCGAAAAGAGAAAGAUAAGACAGGAAUUAAACGACUGCUGAACAACGGCACUUAUACCUCAGCUUAUCCCCUUCAUGACUGUCGGUAUUGGAAGAAAGCCCAAGAUGUGCAGUGUGAGAGUGAGAGGUAUCACCUGUAUAGGCACUGGGCUCGAUUCCUCUGCUUCUACAAGGAGCAGCCACUCAAUCUGAUCAAGAAGUAUUAUGGUGAGAAGAUUGGUAUCUACUUUGCCUGGCUGGGCUUUUACACAGAAAUGCUGUUUUUUGCUGCAGUCAUGGGUGUGAUCUGUUUUGUGUAUGGCCUACUCAGUUACGAUGACAACAUCACAAGUAAGGAGAUCUGUGACCCAGACAUUGGAGGGAAUAUUGUCAUGUGUCCGCUCUGUGAUAAAAAGUGCAGCUACUGGAAACUCAACUCAACAUGCGUGUCCUCCUGGCAAUCCCAUCUAUUUGAUAACGAGGGGACUGUGUUCUUUGCCAUGUUCAUGGGCAUUUGGGUGACUCUGUUCCUAGAGUUCUGGAAACGGCGGCAGGCCCGUCUGGAAUAUGAGUGGGACCUUGUGGACUUUGAGGAGGAACAGCAGCAGCUACAGAUCAGGCCAGAGUAUGAGCAGAAGUGCACGGGCCGCAGACUCAACCGCUUCACGCAGGAAAUGGAGCCUUAUCUUUCUUUCCCCAGCAAGUGUGCUCGAUUCUGCCUGUCGGGAGCAACUGUUCUCUUCUGGACGUUUCUGAUAGUGGCCUGUAUAAUGGGGGUGAUCGCUUACAGAUUAGCGGUUUAUGCAGCAUUCGCCAGCGUCAUGAAGGACAGCCCCACCAGUAAGAUCCAGCUGGUGGGCUCUCUCAUCACCCCUCAACUUGCCACCUCUGUCACUGCUUCCUGCAUCAACUUUGUCAUUAUCCUCAUCCUCAACUUCCUCUAUGAGCAAGUGGCCAUCUGGAUCACUGAUAUGGAGAUCCCCAAGACCCAUCUGGAGUACGAGAACAAGCUGACCAUGAAGAUGUUUAUGUUCCAGUUUGUGAACUACUACUCUUCCUGCUUCUAUGUGGCCUUCUUUAAAGGGAAGUUUGUGGGUUAUCCGGGAAACUACAGUUAUAUGUUUGGAAAGUGGACCUCUCUGAGAAAUGAAGAGUGUGCCCCUGGGGGGUGUCUGAUUGAGCUGACCACACAGCUGCUCAUCGUUAUGGCUGGAAAACAGAUGGUUGGGAACGUCCAGGAGGCUCUGCUGCCACUUCUCCGAAACUGGUGGGGCAGCAGGAAAGGGCGGAGUCAUCCAGAAAGUACAUACAGUAGAUGGGAGCAGGACCAUGAUCUGCAGAACUUCAGCCAGUUUGGACUCUUCUAUGAGUAUCUGGAGAUGGUGAUCCAGUUUGGCUUCAUAACACUUUUCGUAGCCUCUUUUCCACUGGCCCCUCUUCUUGCCCUCUUCAACAACAUCCUAGAAGUGCGAGUCGAUGCUUGGAAGUUUACCACACAGUUUAGAAGGCCAGUGGCAGCAAAGGCACGCAACAUUGGAGCAUGGGAAGAGAUCCUCAAUGUGGUGGCCAUCUUGUCCGUUGUCACAAAUGCCUUCAUCAUGGCAUUCACCUCAGAUAUGAUUCCUCGUCUUGUCUAUCUGUACGCCUACCAUCCAGGCACCGAGCCCACUAUGGAAGGUUACAUCACCAACAGCCUCUCCGUUUACAACAUCUCUCAGAUCCCUGAAGAUAACCUACCCGAACCUGGAGAAAACCCAUCCUGGUUUAACAGCUCUACCAUCACAACAUGCAGUUAUCGGGACUACAGAUAUCCACCCGGCCAUAAGAGGCAAUACACACACACAAUGCAGUUCUGGCACAUCCUGGCUGCUAAGCUAGCCUUCAUCAUCAUUAUGGAACACGUUGUAUUUGUGGUGAAAUUCUUCGUGGCGUGGCUGAUUCCAGAUGUGCCGUCAGACGUGAAAGCACGUAUAAAGCGCGAACGCUUUCUGGUUCAGGAAUAUCUGCACAACUACGAAGUGGAGAAACUCAAGAUGCAGCUGAGCCAGAGUUUCUGCCUGUCCACAGAAACAGCCUCACUGCUGCCCUCUAGUCCUAGUAAACACCAGGUGGUUUCUGAAUGUAUUUGAACAUCCCUGAGUCCUCAGGACUACGCAAAUGCACUGUACCCUGCAAAGCAUGGAGGAAUCAGAUCUUCAGGACCUCUUCAAACAUUUAUUAAAAACAACUGCCAGAACUUUUACAAGGAACCACACGCCUAACAGUUAAACAAAUCUGCAGCUUUUUUCUGCUUGCAGUUUAUAGGAGAACAAUACAGUUUCUUUUACAUGUCCGGGGUGCACUUAUAUAACUGCACUUUUUCAGUGGAGAAAGGCUUGGAGACGGAUCACAGUGAUUUAAACAGCAAUCCCUCUGGAAUGCAACCUGAUGCUGCUCAUGUUGCCUCGAGAGCAAGUUGCUGCGAAGGCAACUUAAGAAUAAUCAGAUAUGACAUGUUUUUAGAAGGCAAUAAAGCUUUUACGUACGUCCAGCUUGUUGCCAUUCCAUUUUUCUUUUGCAGAUGUAAUCUGCAUGUUUUGCCCUGUAUGUCUGACUGUGAAAGAGGUACAUGUAGACUGUAUGUAUUGUCUUUUUUGCUUUUCAUUUUCUGAUAUAUCGGGGGGUUUGUUUUGUUGUUUUUUGGGGGGCAUGUGAGAUUUAAGUUAAUAUUUGUUUUUAUCCAGUGGAUUUUACCACUGUGGUUAUUUUCCCUUAAGAAACACAGAAUCGCAUAAUCAUUCCUGUAGUACUUGUAUUAUCAUGUUUCUCAGAGUAUUUAUAUUUUAUUGUUGCUAAUUAAUGCUGUACCUUGUAGAAAAUUGGUCACCCACACAUUUUGUUCAGUGUAAUAUUAAAAUGUGAUGAUUUUUUUUUGUUAUUAUUAAUAUUAUUAUUAUUAGCUUUCUUCAAAGAUGCAUUUAUUACUUCAGAGUAAUCAUAUAACUGAUUUAUUAUAUGGCUGGAAGGAUGGAUUGUGGAAGAAUUGUGUUUUCACCAGAUUAAGCUCUGUAAUGACUUGCUAUGUAUUUUCUGAUACAGAAACUCAAGCCAUUAUGCAUCACCUCAUUCUGCAAGAGUCUGUCAAUGUUUGCACAUAUCGUAUAUAUGAGGCUUUUUAAUCAUGACUAGAAGAACUAGUCUUUUUUUUUUUUUCACUGUAACUGAUUUCUGCACAAAUGCACUUAACAGGAUUAGUUCAGAUUUUUGUAAUCAGUUCUCUGUGCAUCAGUGAGAUAUUCACUCUGAUAACUACAUUUGAUAUUACGGCAAUGAUGGGACAAAUUAAUUCAGUGAAAGAGAUUCCCAUGUAAGACCUAGAAUAACACCUGUUGGUUUAUACAUGCAAAAGGACAAAAAAAAAAUUAUAUCAGUUUUGAAGUGAGUGAAUUGAAGAAAUCAAGUGUUUCCUGCUGUAUUACUGACCUGGUGCAAAGAGAGUUUGGUUUAAAAAUUUUGAACUGCCCCAUCAACAUUUCAGAUGUUUGUUUACUACAUUCUGAACACUAUUCACUCAGCACCAACCAUCCUUUACAUGGACUUGGAACAGUUUGAAAACAAUGUUAAUAUUAUGUCCCAGGUGAUUGACUCUGUUUUUAAAGUGUCUUAUCAAUUCAACUACACGUGUACACAACAUUGAGCCAUACCUGUUCAUUUCACAGAAAUCUGUUAUAAAUUCUGUUGUUUUUUUUUUUAGCCUGUUGAGUGAUUCAUGCUGUCUUUCAAAAAUCUUUUAUGGAUAAUACAAUUACAGUUUACAGAAUUAUUCUGAUUAUUAUCUGUUGCUAUACAAACCAAUACACAAUAUACAUAAUUAGUGUGACUAUUUAAUGAAUGUGGCAGGGAUAUUUUAAAAAAUAUCUAAAAAUAAUAAUAAAAAUUGCACUUAGUUUAGGAUUUUUUGUGUGUUCAGAUGAGACCAUGUCAUCCAUGCCUUUGCCUUAAUUAUUUUCUUUGACAAUGAUACUUGUGUAUGUGUAUUUUUAUUUGGCCUACAAAUGUUUACAGAAUGAGUUGCAUGAAAGCCGUGUGAAAAGGGAAGUGUGAAUAAUCAUGAAUCAAGACUUUAAAAGAAAUUCUUGUUUGCAUUCCAAUGACUAGAACGUGCCAAAAUAAAGUGAUUGAAGUAUA